AUGUAGUUAUAAUGACGGAAAAAAGCAAAGAUUUAAACGAAAUUCCAGACGAAACGCUAUUAAACAUUAAAGUAUUUCCAAUACCAAACAGGGAUAGUGCACUAAUCAAAUGUUUGAGAAAUAAAUGUUGUAUACCGCAGAGAUGGAUUUUUGGAGUAUUAGCACAUAUAGGUCUUUGCAAUGCUUACACAAUGCGUGUAGCCCAUAAUUUAGCGAUCACUCAAAUGGUGAAUCGGACUAAAUCUCAGAGUCAUCAUUUCGAUCCUGAUGCUUGCCCUAAUGAAGCAAUAUUGAAUUUGACAACGUUUGUAAGGAAACCGUAUGCCACAUUUGACUGGGAUGAAGAAACUCAAGGAUUUAUUUUAAGUGGAUUCUACUACGGUUAUAUUUUAACUCAGUUUAUUGGUGGUUAUCUAGCUGAGAAGUUUGACGGAAAAUGGACUCUAGGCAUUGGGUUAUUAAUCACGGCUAUCCUUACAUUUCUUACACCUAUAGUUAUAAGAACUGGCGGACCAUCAUGGCUCUUUGCUUUGAGAGUUCUACAAGGAAUUACAGAAGGGCCUACAAUACCCGGGAUCAUGCUAAUGAUGUCACGUUGGACACCUCCUCAUGAAAGGGCUUUACAAGGUGCUUUGAUAUUUGGCGGGCCUCAAACUGGAAAUAUAUUUGGUGCCUUUAUGUCAGGCAUAUUGCUAGCUGAUGGAAGGGACUGGGCCAAUGUAUUUUAUUUCUUUGGCGCGUUUGGUCUCGUUUGGUUCAUUUUGUGGACUUUCCUUUGUUACAACGAAGCGAAUCAACACCCAUUUAUCUCUCAUGAAGAAUUGGAACAUUUGAAUAAAGUGAUACCGCGAGCUGAUGAAACGUCACGGAAAGAUCCCGUUCCUUGGAAGGCCAUACUGAGGUCACCAGCUGCUUGGGCUCUUCUAUUUGCUGGUGUUGGUCACGACUGGGGCUUCUAUACAAUGGUAUCAGACCUACCAAAGUAUAUGCAUGAUGUCCUCAAAUUUAAUAUAGCUACCACUGGUGCCCUCACUUGCCUACCAUACGUAGCGAAGUGGGGUUUAUCUUUCCUCUUUGGUUUCACCUGCGAUUAUGGUAUUAAAAAGAAGUGGCAUAGUAUACGGAUCGGAAGAAUUAUAUACACUACUAUUGGAACAGCUUUGCCAGCAACAUGUAUUAUUUUAGCUUCGUAUUCGGGCUGCAACCGUGCCGCUGCUAUAACCUGUUUUAUCUUAGCUAUGGGAUUUAUGGGAGCUUACGUCAGUGGAAUGAAGGUUAACACGUUAGAUGUGGCGCCAAACUAUGCGGGAUCGGUUACUGCUUUUAUCAAUACAUUCACAACUUUUUGCGGUAUUAUCUCUCCCUACUUGAUCGGAUUACUUACCCCCGACUCAACACUAGUUCAAUGGCGCAGAGCGUUUUGGAUAUGUUUUUUCAUAAUGAUGAUCAGCAAUAUUGCUUAUACUUUAUUGGCUAAAGGAAAGCAGCAGUGGUGGGAUGAUGUUAGAAAACUAGGGUAUCCAUCGGAUUGGAAACAUGGUCCAAUCAUCAAGGAAGUUGUAGAUAAAGCAGAAUCAGAUAAACUCUGUGAAAAGGAGGAACGGAUUAGUAUUGAAAAACAAUAAAUUUAACAAUAAUUUAUUUUAAGUCAAUUACUCUCAAUUUUGCAUCGUCAGUAUUACAACAAUGUGUGGAGCUAUAAUAAUUAUAAGCAUCGUUUGAACAUCUUUCUACGAGCGUUGUCGGUUGAAUGUUUUGUAACCGAAAAACUACAGGAAGAAAUUCUCACAAGAAAUAUGGAUGGAUAGCGAUCAAAUAUUUAUACGCUUACAUCAGGCAGCAAUACAGUUUAUUAGGUAGUAUGUCAUCUAUAAGAUCUCUAAUCUUACACUGAACUAGACAGCAAUUUUCGUGUGUGUAAUGUUAAAUAUUGGAUACCUACUAGAUUUUCGUUUUGUAAUAACGGGUCUGAAAUAAACUUUUCUUUUUCGUUAAUAUAA